UGCUGUAGUAAGAGUCAUGUCUGACUUGGAAUUCGGAGAUGAAGUGAAUCUGAAUGGCAGUGGAGCAGAGGGUGGUGGUAGUGGCAGUGGAGAUGGUGGGCUCAAUCCCAAUGAGGGAGUGAGUGUGAAUCUAGACAGUGAUGAUGAGCUUUUCCCGGCUGCUGCUUCUGCUGUCGCCAAACCACUAGCACCUGCUUCGACAGACAAAACUGCAAAAGCUUUUGCUGAUCUGGAUGCACCAAUGGGUGACAACGCGCCAUCUAACACUGUUAAAACAUAUGAGGCUGCUUCUGUGAUGCCUACUGUCUCCGGAAUUGCAGGGGCUUCCGAGUCUCCCACGCCGUUCUCUGUUUAUUCCGCACCUGCUAGAAAACCAACAGAAUCUGCGCAGAAUGCAGGAGACGGGACUUUUAUCAUCGUUUCGAUCAGUGAUUCCAUGAAAGUCGGUGAUGGUGUGAAUGCCUACAUGCGUUUCAAAGUAUCCACACGUACUAACUUGACCUACUUCAAAUCCAGUCAAUUCUCAGUUUUCCGCAGAUUCAGCGACUUCCUGGGACUGCACGAGAAACUGGUAGCCAAACACAUUAGUUACGGAAGGAUAGUGCCCCCUCCCCCAGAAAAGAACAUGAGUGGAAUGACUAAAGUUAAAAUGGGAAAAGAGGAGUCGUCAUCGGGCUCAGAGUUCAUCCAAAGAAGAAUGGCUGCUCUGGAGAGAUUUAUAAACAGAUGCCUUGACCAUCCGAAUUUGAGGAACGACCCAGAUAUGAGAGAUUUCCUAGAGCGAGAAGAGCUGCCUAAAGCAUCGCACACAUCAGCGUUGAGUGGUAAAAGCCUGAUGAAAAGAUUCAGCUCAGUAGUAGAAACAGCCACCGCUAAACCCACAAAGAUUCCAAAUGACCCGGACCAGUGGUUUGAGAUGAAACUGGUGCAUGUGGAGAACCUGGAGAACCAACUGAACAAGUUGGCUGUGAACAUCGAGGGACUCGUGCAGACCCGACAACAUCUGUCUGGGCACAGUGCGACAUUUGCGAAGAGUGUGGCCAUGUUGGGCAAUACUGAGGAGCACACUGUGCUGUCACGUGCGUUGAGUCAGCUGAGUGAGCUGGAAGAGAGGAUAGAACAUCUGCAUGCCAACCAGUCACAACACGACUACGACCUCUUCUGUGAGUUGGUUCGCGACUACUGUGGUCUGUUGAAGGCAGUGAGGGAGACAUUUGGACAGAGGGCGAAACAGUGGCAUGAGUGGCAGGGGGUGGAGAGCAAUCUGCUGAAGAAGAAGGAGAGCGAGGGCAGAAUGCAAGUCAGUGGCAGGACAGAGAAAGUCCCUGUUGUCAAGGCAGAGAUUGCACAGUUGGAGAUCAGUUCUGCGCAGAUGAAGAGCGAGUUUGAAAAGAUCAGUGAGAAUCUGAAGAUGGAGUUGGGUCAGUUUGAGGAGAAGCGGGUGGAGGAGUUCAAGAACAAACUCAUUCAGUACCUAGAGACACUCCUAGAAUCACAACAGACUCUGGUGAGAUAUUGGACUGAAUUCAUACCAGAAGCGAAGGCCAUUGUUUGAACUAAAAUCAGCCACGAAUGAUCAAGCUUUGAACGACAAUGAUACUCUCUAAUACGCUGUUGUAUGUACAAUUUGUGAACACGUUGCUUUAAAUUAUUAAUAUCUGUCUUUUGUUUAAUUAAAUUUAGACCCGCGAUAUUAUGAAUUCAACAGGCUGUUAUUGUGGAACGCAAUGGGCCUCAAUUGAUAUCAUCUAAUUUGUAUGUAGUCACAGGGAACUGAUUACCCUUAAAUUGCCUAAAUACCAGAAUAUUAUCCCUAUUUGAACAUUCUGAUUUAUUCCGCAGUUGUACGAUUUGUUUACCGAAAUUAAAAUGUAGCAUUAAAGUUUAUAUUUUUCAUCCAAA